AUGCCAUCACCAAAAACACUGCCAGUGGACCGUUCGCAACCGGGAAAUGUGGUGGCUCCUGAUAGAUCGCCGUCCCGGUUACCUGCUGCUCCGGUUCUCUUGCAACAACCAUCUCAUAAGAAAGGUCAAUGGAAAUCCACAAAAUUCUUACGACGUGUCAAGUCAGUUUUCCGGUCAUUUCCUGUAAUAAACCCUCCAUGCAAGAUGCCGGUUUCCCUACAUGGAAACUGGCUUCACGAAGGACACAUACAUGGAGGGAAACAGAUGACCGGAACCCUAUUUGGGUGCCGAAAAGCUAGGGUUAAUCUUGCAAUUCAAGAAAACCCUAGAGGGGUUCCGUUGCUCGUGCUUGAACUUUCCAUCCAAACUGGUAAGCUACUCCAAGACAUGGGUUCGGGACUUGUUAGAAUUGCUCUUGAGUGUGAAAAGAACCCGUCCGAGAAACUCAAACUUUUGGACGAACCAAUAUGGACCAUGUACUGUAAUGGAAGAAAAGUUGGGUAUGCUGUGAAAAGAGGGCCUACAGCGGAUGAUCUGAAGGUCAUGCAAAACCUGCAUGCAGUGUCUAUGGGAGCCGGCGUUCUACCAAGUCAGAACGCCGAGUCCCCAGAAGGAGAGCUUACUUACAUGAGAGCAUUUUUUGAACGGACUGUUGGAUCAAAGGACUCAGAGACGUAUUACAUGAUGAAUCCCAAUGGCACCAGUGGACCUGAGCUCAGCAUCUUUUUCGUCAGGAUAGGGUGAAACAUGAAUAUACCAAGAGAAAUUAAUGUCCUUUGUUUUCUGUUCUUCAUUUUCAUUUGCCCCUCUUUUAAGUUCUCGUUUAGGCAUCUCUAUUAUAUACUCCCUCUAUUUCAA